GGUAUAAAGGUUGGAAUGCUUCUGAUGAAAAUCAGUGAUCCUUUUCGUGCUAAAAUGAAAUUCAAGCUGUGCAUGCUCUCCGUCCUUCUGGCUGCCCUCCCUGUGUUCUGUGUCGGAACACCGGUAGCUGCACCAAAAGUUGAAAUAGCGCUGUACUACGAGUCGCUGUGUGGAGGAUGCAGGCAAUUCAUAGAGACUCAGUUCUACCCAACAUUCCAGAAGGUUGGCCAGAUCAUGGAGGUGAUCCUCGUGCCGUAUGGAAAUGCACAAGAGAGUCGCUAUGGGGAUGAAUGGCGAUUUACAUGUCAGCACGGGGAGGCAGAAUGUGUCGGUAACCUCAUCGAAACAUGCGCUAUUUCUAUCCUUCAGAAUGCAACAUCUUACUUUCCUUUCAUCCACUGUCUGGAGUCGACCAUCGCCGGAUACGAUCCAGUGUCAGCAGCAGAGCAGUGUGCAAGUCAAUUUAGCAUAGAUUUCUCCUCCAUUGACAAGUGCCACUCGAGUGCCCAGGGAAAUGCCCUGGAGCAUGAAAUGGCUCUGAAGACCAACGCACUCAAUCCUCCCCAUUACUUCGUUCCAUGGAUUACGCUGAACGGGAAACACACCGAUGAAAUACAAAACGAGGCCACGUUUGAUCUACUGGGACUUGUGUGUGACACUUAUCAAGGCACUAAGCCUGAUGCCUGUCAAAAGAAAGAGUCUGCGCUUUCUCGCUGUUAUAGGCACGCGUAAUGAAAAAGGCUUUUUAAAAAACGCUUUUAUAGGAAUACGCAUGAACUCAAUUGUAAUUUCAUGGUUAGCCCAUUUAAUUGCCUUUUUAUGGAAUUGUAUGACCGUUGCGAUCUUCUGAUAACCAUUAAAACGGUUAAUUACGAAACAAUUGUUUUAAACAUUGUCUUUGAUUUCGCCUGGUGAUCUCCGUCAAACAACAACUGAGUACAGCUGUUACCGCGCGGUUGUGUCGUGUUCUAUCCUACGCGCCUGAAACGGAAUGAAGAAAGUUAGUGCAGCAUGCAACGGUUUCUGUCUACAGGCCAAAGUAUCGUAUUUGUAAUUUCGAAUUCAUUACUAUGUUAAAAUUUGCUAAAUAUUGCAUUUGGAAUAAAAGAACUUGAAAUGAAA